AUGAUCGCCAAAGACGUCGACGUCGAGGUCAUCGAGGCCAAGUACGCAGAGGAAAGACAAAAGCGUCUGCGUCCUGAUGGCACGGCCCAAUAUGUCGACGUGCUCGAGUCGGAUAAGUUCAAGAACUUUGGUGUCGAUCCCUGGGCCUGGGAGGGCCACUCGGCACCCACGCAUCCCUUGGAAGACGGGGAUCACUAUAAAGUCGUCAUCCUGGGUACCGGGUUCGCCGGCAUCCUCUAUGGCAUCCACUUCCUCCGCGCGGGGUUCAAGCUGAGCGACCUGUUGUUUGUCGACCGCGCCGGUGGCUUCGGCGGCACCUGGUACUGGAACCGGUACCCAGGCAUCAUGUGCGACGUCGAGAGUUAUAUCUAUCUCCCUCUGCUCGAAGAGACCGGUUACAUGCCAAAACACAAGUACUCGUAUGGGUACGAGAUCCGAAAUUACGCCAACGAGCUAGCCUCAAAGUACAACCUGGGCGAGAGCGCCUCGUUUAACACCGAGAUGGACUCGGCCAGCUGGGACGAGCAUGAAAAGGGCUGGAGCUUUGAGCUCCGUCAGAAAACCCCUGACGGCAACGCGCGCAGGGUCCAUGUUCGUUCCGAUUUUUUUGUGUUGGCCCCGGGCCUUUUCACCCACCCCAAACUGCCAGGUAUCCCCGGCAUUGAGGAUUUCAAGGGUCAUUGCUUCCACACUUCUCGAUGGGACUAUGCCUACACGGGCGGCUCCCCGACCGACUGGACUCUCGAUAAGUUGCAAGAUAAGCGAGUGGCCAUCAUUGGGACCGGCGCAACGGCCAUCCAGGCCAUCCCCCAGCUUUCCAACUGGGCUAAGCAGCUUUACGUCGUUCAGCGAACCCCGGCUGGCGUCGAUGUUCGGGGCCAACAACCCACCGACCCGGAGGUCUGGAAACGAGAGAUCGGAAAUAAGCCCGGGUGGCAAGAGGAGAGAAUCAGAAACUUCCUCGAGUGCAUGAGCGACCCAUAUGAACCUCCGAGCGUCGACAUGGUGGACGACGCCUGGUCCCACUUCAUCUCGGGCGCCGUUUUGACCGGCGGCCCUCGCGCAAAAGGGCUGACCAUGGAAAACCUCCCAGAAUUUCUCAAGAGGUAUCGCUCCAUGGACUUGGAGCGCCAGGAAAAGGUUCGGGAGAGAGUGGACAAGGUAGUCCAGGACCCCGAGAUCGCCAAGAGCCUCAAGGCCUGGUACGCCAGCUGGUGCAAGCGGCCUUGCUUCCACGAUGACUAUCUCCCCACCUUCAACAAACCCAACGUCCGUCUACUCGACACCCAGGGUGCUGGAUUGACCAAGAUCACCAACGACGGCAUCAUCGUCAACGGUGAAAAGAUCGAGGUCGACGUCAUCAUCUUCAGCACGGGAUUCGAGGUCGAGGGUGCCAAUUCUCCUGCGGCACAGGCAGGUAUCCCUAUCACGGGACGCAAUGGACUCUCCUUGAAUGAGAAGUGGGACCGUGGCGUGGGCACCCUGCACGGCAUAACCACUCGGGACUUCCCCAACUUCUUCUUCACCGGGACCAGUCAGACUCUGACGUCGCCCAACUUCAUGGUCGCCCUAGACUACCUGGCCAAACACUCCGUCUACAUCAUCUCCACCGUGGUCAAGAAGGCCGAGCAAGAAGGCAAGUCCAAGGCUUUGGUAGAACCCGCCCAAGACGCAGAAGAGGCCUGGGCCGCUGCAAUUGCCAAGGGUGCCAUCUCUGGCGCCGCAAUGGCCGGUUGUACUCCUAGUUACUACAACCGGGAGUGUGAAUUGGAGAGCAUCACAGCCCCCGAGGAACUGGCCAAGAUGAUGAGGAAAGGCAUCUGGUCUGGCGGGCCUUUGGAUUUCAUAGAUUUCGCCAAUGCCUGGGAGAAGGACGGUAAACUGGAAGGACUUGAGGUCUCUACCUUUUAG